AUGGCGACCGGGUCGCGUGCGCCGCGACGACGCCGCCCCCGCUCGCCGCCGACGCUGAUGGACGACCUCGUGCGCGAGAUCUUCCUGCGCGUACCCGUGGACGACCCCAUGACCCUCGUCCGCGUCGCCGCCGGCUGCAAGACCUGGCGCAGCAUGCUGUCCGCCCCCGACUUCGCCCGCGAGUACCGCAAGGCCCGUGCGGCGCCGGUGCUGGGCUUCCUCCACAACACCACCAGCGAACCGGAGGAUCGCUUCGACUCCUCCCACUUCGUAUCCACCGCGGCCUUCCGCUUCCGCCCGCCGGCGCACCAGGACCUCCUCUCGCGCUGGGACGUCCUCGACUCCCGCCACGGCCUCGCCCUCUUCCACGCCCCCAAGAGCAAGAGGAACAAGGGCUUCGUUGUCUGCGACCUCGUCACCGGCCAGCGGUGGGAAUUCGGCGACCCCGAGUGCUACAACGUCAUGUGGUGGCCGCACGGCGAUCACAUGGACAAGCGCAUACGCUGUAGUGCCACGGUGCUCUGCGCCAAGGCCCAAUGUGACCCGCUCGACUGCCAUGGCGAUGGCGGCCCUUUCCGCGUGGCCUUGGUGGGCACCGACUAUAGAAACUUGAGAUCCCACGCCACCGUCUACUCGUCAGAGACUCGUGAGUGGAGGGACACCAUCUCUGUUCACAACCUGGAUUUCGUCAAUGGCAGGGGGAACAGUGCUGUUGUGGGAAAUAAGGUCUAUGUCCAAUGUAUAGAGAGUGACAAAGUCGUGGAGUACAACAUGCAUGAGCAAAAACUAUCUCUGAUCACCCUGCCAUUUGAGGACCAGGAGGGGAUCGACGAGAGCAUUGACCUCAUGGGGGUGGACGACGGCAGUCUGCUGUUUGCAUCCGUGCUGAAGGCUAAACUCUGCCUAUGGACUAUGGAGGCUGGUCCCGGCGGAGCUGCGGGGUGGGCGCGACGCUGGGCUAUCGAGCUCAAACCAUCGCUCCCUGCUCGUUGCCUCACAGACAGGGCAAAUACGCUGGUUGGCUUUGCUGAAGGUGUUGGUGUCAUCUUCCUGAGUACAAGGGUGGGGCUGUACGCAAUUGAGCUCAAUUCAGGCGAAGGCAACAGGGUUCGCAAAGAGUUCUUCGAUAAGAUCAUACCCUACAGGAGCUUCUGCACUAGAGCAAUAGGGGGUUUGGCCGACCUCGCACGCGCAGUUAGCCGGCGUACAGGAGCUUCUGUACUAGAGCAAUAG